AUGUCUUUGGAGGAAUGCAGGACGGACGACAUCUGCUGCUACCAAGACGACUCGGGCGCGCAGGGCCUCCGGCACAUCGCGGCGGGCCUCGCGGCGGCCCUGGCCCUCUGCCUCGCGGCGCUCCUCGUGGCCGCGGUCGCCUGGAAGCGCGCCUCCGGCCGCGACUGCUUCGGCGGCGGCCACACUAAGGAGAGCCCCCCCUCCGGCGGCGGCGGCGGCGGCGGCGUCGACGGUGGCGGCGGCAGUGGUGACGGGAACACGACGAGAUCGGCGCCGUCCUCGUCGGCAGCGGCGGCGGAGGCCGGGGGGGGCGACUCGGCCCCGCCCUACCAGGCGGCUGUGGCGGCGCCGAACGAGCGGCUGCUGCUCACGGCCGAGGAGGGCUACGCCGCCACCGCCGGCAGGAAAAGCGGCGGCGGCGACGGCGGGGGGGAGGACCAGAGGACCACCAACACGGAGAGCUGCAACGGCGGCGGCGGCGGCGGCGGCGGCGGACAGAGGCCGCAGCUCGAGCUGGCCGUCGUGGAGGAAGGCCGCGGUGGCGGCGGCGGCGGCGGGCGGAAUCACGCCACCCGUGCUGCCUCGGCGAAGCAGCAGCAGCAGCACCAGUACCGCCGGUCGAACUCGGGCGUGAGCCUCAGGAGUCUCAGGAGUGUCGGGAGCCUCAACGACAUGCAGCAGCAGCACGUACUGGUCCGCUGCGUGUGCUUGGGUUUUAGGGGUUCAUGGGCUUGA